AUCACUGCGUAUCAGACUUUCAGAGAGACUGAGAGAAGGCUACUUCAAGAAGAGUUUCCGCCAGGAGCAGACAGGGGGUGCUCAUGAGCGAUCCUGUUCUGAAGGAGCACCUGACUCAAAGGAGCUGAACCCUCCAGGGGAAAUGUCUGGUGGGAGCGGAGUCCAGCAGCCUGCUGCCGGCCUUCAGCUGAGGGGGAAACGGGCAGAUGAAGCAGAGCAGCCUGAGAGAUCGUGCACAGAAAGACCCCCUUCUCCUGUUCCCAGUGUGAUGUCCAUGGCGAGUAACAAGUCAAUGGGAGAGCCUAUUGAUUUCAAAGGACAAGGGGCCACAGACCUGGAUAAGUGCAGUAUUGGAGAGGAAGACUUCAGAGCUCUUGCAUCAGCACUGAAAUCAAACCCCUCACACAUGAGAGAGCUGUGGCUGAGUGGGAAUAAGGCAGGAGACUCAGGAGUGAAGCAUCUUUCUUCUCUUCUGGAUGAUCCCAACUGUAAACUGGAGGAACUACACCUGAAUAGCUGCAGUAUUAGAGAUGAAGGCUUCAGAGCUCUUGCAUCAGCACUGAGAUCAAACCCCUCACACAUGAGAGAGCUGUGGCUGAGUGGGAAUAAAGCAGAAGACUCAGGCGUGAAGCAUCUUUCUUCUCUUCUGGAGGAUCCCAACUGUAAACUUGAGGAACUACACCUGAUGAGCUGCAGUAUUGGAGAGGAAGGCUUCAGACUUCUUGCAUCAGCACUGAGAUCAAACCCCUCACACAUGAGAGAGCUGUGGUUGAGUUGGAAUAAAGCAGGAGACUCAGGAGUGAAGCAUCUUUCUUCUCUUCUGGAGGAUCCCAACUGUAAACUGGAAAAGCUAGACCUUAGGGCAUGUAGUAUAACAGAUGAAGGUUUCAGAGCUUUAGCAUCAGCACUGAGAUCAAAUCCAUCAGCCCUCAAAGAGCUCCAUCUGGAGAAGAAUCAGCCUGGACCCUCAGCACAGCAGCUGCUCUCUGAACUUCAGGAAGAUCCAAACAGUAAACAUUUAAAAAUACAUGGACCUUAAAUGAAUCAGUCCGGUAACAAUGUCUCGUUGAGAAUCUUCACUCUGAAGGCUGUAUUGUGCUGUAUCUGAGUAUUACUCUGUAUGCUCAUGUGAAAUGUCUUUGUGUUACUUUUAUUCUCAUCUACAGUCAAUUCCUACACACACACACACACACACACACACACACACACACAAACACACACACAGACACAUUGAAACUGAUGCUGAUGGGAACACUUUGGGAUGGGAACACUUUAGCUCUGAAAGAUCCCUUUACAAAUGUAUUGCUUUGGUUUUGCUUAUUGCUUCAUUUGUGAUCCUUGAAUGUACAAUGCACGACUCUUCUCUUUAUCAGAUGUUCUUCAUUGUGAUUCUUUUAGAUGUCAAGUAUUGUGAUUUUGAUACAUAUACGCCAAUCUGUAUGUCAAUACGCCAAUGUAUACUGGGGGAUUCUUGUAAUAAACGUUGAAGCUUUUGAUAACGUAAAA